AUGUCUCCACUAUUUUUCUCUUCUCAUUCCCACUCUAAUGGUUUUCAGCUUGGAUGUGGUCAUGGACUUCCUGGGAUUUUUGCUUGCCUUAAGGGUGCCGCUGUCAUUCAUUUCCAGGAUUUUGAUGCUGAGGUCCUGGAAUGUCUGACUAUUCCCAAUGUGAAUGCUAAUUGUCUAAAGAAGUCUCAAAAUUUGGCUACAGAUGUGGCAGAUCAAGCAGAACUCCGUUUUUUUGCUGGUGACUGGAGUGAAUUACCAGUGGAAAGGACACAAAUUAUUGCCCAGGGCGGAUCAAUCUCUGCUCUCCCUAGCCUCUAUAAACUUAUAAAGAAGUGCAUGAGUCGCCCUCAUGGAGUCAUAUACAUGGCAGCAAAGAAAAAUUAUUUUGGAGUAGGAGGGGGAUCUAGGCGGUUCCUAUCUGUGGUAGAGAAAGAUGGUGUUAUGGCUGCUAGCCCAAUUACUGAAGUUGCAGAUGGCUCCUCUAACGUUCGAGAGGUUUUGAAACUUUCAUAUAAGUAG